CACACAAUUCAGUCUGCUAGUAGUGUUCAGCUCCUAAAGGUUUAAAAAUAUGGAAAGCGGAGAGAUUCGCGGCUCUAGAAAGAAGAGCAGGAGACUUUGCUGUAUUGUGGCUGUACUUGCAGUGGUUCUUCUCCUAAUUAUUGCAAUCGCUUUAGGAGUGAGCUUGAGUCGCAGAGGCAAUGAGUUUAAAAACACCUUCAUGCAGAGAUGCGAGAAAUUCGAAGGGUAUAACUGUACAGAAAUAUGGGAUGCGUUUCAGAAAGCCUAUGUGGACCGAGAUCAAUGUGAUGUUCCCCCAGAGGCUUAUGACAGCCUUAUUGAAGCAGCCCCUUUGGAAACGUCCUGCAACAGAAUGAUGUUCUGGAGCAAAACAAAGGAUGUGGCCCAAGACUUAGCUGCGAAGGGGGACUGUUUCCUGACUGUGGAGAGGACACUGCUUGGAUCUGUCUUGGAUGGCCUAACAUGGUGUGGAAAGAGGGGCAGUGAUGAAACCCUCACUACUGGUUGUCCUGAAUGGAAUGAAUGUGUGAAAAACCCUGUUCGCUCCUUUUGGAACAGAGUCUCCGCUGCGUUUGGAGAUGCUGCUUGUGGGGAUGUCACUGCCAUGCUAAACGCUUCCAUUCCCACACCGUUCGACCCAAAAAGCAUUUUUGCCAGCAUUGAGGUGAAGAGAUUUAAGUCCUCCAAAGUGAAAAAACUGGAUAUUGUCCUGGUCACUGAGAUGAAUUCAGUGACGAACUGCACAAACAAAUCUUUACAAGACUUGCAGAACAUGCUGGAUAAAGGGAUCAUCUACAGCUGUUUGGAAGUGCAGAAGUCUCAGAUUCAGAAGUGCAGCUCUGACCCAAAUAAAUCCUGUGGUUCCUGCUGGUGACAUUGAAAGAAUCCUCUGAUGGAGCCGUUUUUUUUUUUGUUUUGUUUUGUUUUGUUUUUUUGUUUCUUAGUGAUAAACUUUUGUAACCAAACUUAGAAUCCUUUAGUAUUUGUAGCUCUGUUGAAAAUGGAAUAUGUCUUUUUACUAUUAAAAAGCUUAACUGGGGAAUCUUUUUUAAAUGUUACUUUUAUAAUAAAAGUGCUCAAAUUUUGGAAUAAAACA